GAUGGCUCGCUUCGGGGAGGCGGUGGUCGGCAGGCCGGGGUCGGGCGAUGGAGACUCGGACCAGAGCAGGAACCGGCAAGGAACCCCGGUGCCGGCCUCGGGGCCGGCGGCCGCCUACAAGCAGUCGAAAGCGCAGAGGGCGCGGACUAUGGCUUUGUACAACCCCAUUCCCGUCCGGCAGAACUGUUUCACCGUCAACAGAUCCCUCUUCAUCUUCGGAGAAGAUAACAUUGUCAGGAAAUACGCCAAGAAGCUCAUCGAUUGGCCGCCAUUUGAGUACAUGAUUUUGGCCACCAUCAUUGCCAACUGCAUUGUCUUGGCCCUGGAACAGCAUCUUCCUGAAGAUGACAAGACCCCGAUGUCCCGCAGACUGGAGAAGACAGAACCAUAUUUCAUUGGGAUCUUUUGCUUUGAAGCUGGUAUCAAAAUUGUGGCCCUGGGGUUCAUCUUCCAUAAGGGCUCAUACCUCCGCAAUGGCUGGAAUGUCAUGGACUUCAUCGUGGUCCUCAGUGGCAUCCUGGCUACCGCAGGAACCCACUUCAACACACAUGUGGACCUGAGGACCCUCCGGGCUGUGCGUGUCCUGAGGCCCCUGAAGCUCGUGUCAGGGAUACCUAGCCUACAGAUUGUCUUGAAGUCCAUCAUGAAGGCCAUGGUGCCUCUUCUGCAAAUUGGCCUUCUGCUCUUCUUUGCCAUUUUGAUGUUUGCCAUCAUUGGCUUGGAGUUCUACAGUGGGAAGUUGCACCGAGCAUGUUUCACGAACAAUUCAGGUAUUCUAGAAGGAUUUGACCCUCCUCACCCAUGUGGUGUGCAGGGCUGCCCAGCUGGUUAUGAAUGCAAGGACUGGAUUGGCCCCAACGAUGGGAUCACCCAGUUUGAUAACAUCCUUUUUGCCGUGCUGACUGUCUUCCAAUGCAUCACCAUGGAAGGGUGGACCACCGUGCUGUACAAUACCAAUGAUGCCUUAGGAGCCACCUGGAAUUGGCUGUACUUCAUCCCCCUCAUCAUCAUUGGAUCCUUCUUUGUUCUCAACCUAGUUCUGGGAGUGCUUUCCGGGGAAUUUGCCAAAGAGAGAGAGAGGGUGGAGAACCGGAGAGCUUUUAUGAAAUUGCGGCGGCAGCAGCAGAUUGAGCGUGAGCUGAAUGGGUACCGCGCCUGGAUAGACAAAGCAGAGGAAGUCAUGCUUGCUGAAGAAAAUAAAAAUGCUGGAACAUCAGCCUUAGAAGUGCUUCGAAGGGCAACCAUCAAAAGGAGCCGAACAGAGGCCAUGACUCGAGACUCCAGCGAUGAGCACUGUGUUGACAUCUCUUCUGUAGGCACACCUCUUGCCCGAGCCAGCAUCAAAAGCACAAAGGUGGAUGGAGCCUCCUAUUUCCGGCACAAAGAAAGGCUUCUGCGCAUCUCAAUCCGCCACAUGGUUAAAUCCCAGGUGUUCUACUGGAUUGUGUUGAGCCUUGUGGCUCUCAACACCGCCUGUGUGGCCAUCGUCCAUCACAACCAGCCACAGUGGCUCACCCAUCUCCUCUACUAUGCAGAAUUUCUGUUUCUGGGACUGUUCCUCCUGGAGAUGUCCUUGAAGAUGUAUGGCAUGGGGCCUCGACUUUACUUUCACUCUUCAUUCAACUGUUUUGAUUUUGGGGUCACAGUGGGCAGUAUCUUUGAAGUGGUCUGGGCAAUCUUCAGACCUGGUACAUCUUUUGGAAUCAGUGUCUUGCGAGCUCUCCGGCUUCUAAGAAUAUUUAAAAUAACCAAGUAUUGGGCAUCUCUGCGAAAUUUGGUGGUCUCCUUGAUGAGUUCUAUGAAGUCUAUCAUCAGUUUGCUCUUCCUCCUCUUCCUCUUCAUCGUUGUCUUUGCUCUCCUAGGAAUGCAGCUGUUUGGAGGCAGGUUUAACUUUAAUGAUGGGACUCCUUCAGCAAACUUUGACACCUUUCCAGCAGCCAUCAUGACUGUAUUCCAGAUCCUAACAGGUGAGGACUGGAAUGAAGUUAUGUACAAUGGGAUCCGCUCCCAGGGUGGAGUUAGCUCAGGCAUGUGGUCAGCUAUCUAUUUCAUUGUGCUCACCUUGUUUGGAAACUACACACUGCUGAAUGUGUUCUUGGCCAUUGCUGUGGACAAUCUGGCCAACGCCCAAGAGCUGACCAAGGAUGAACAAGAAGAAGAGGAGGCCUUCAACCAGAAACAUGCAUUGCAGAAGGCCAAGGAGGUCAGCCCGAUGUCUGCACCCAACAUGCCUUCUAUAGAAAGAGACAGAAGGAGAAGACACCACAUGUCGAUGUGGGAGCCACGCAGCAGCCACCUGAGGGAGCGGAGGCGCCGGCACCACAUGUCCGUGUGGGAGCAGCGCACCAGCCAGCUGAGAAGGCACAUGCAGAUGUCCAGCCAGGAGGCCCUCAACAAAGAGGAGGCCCCACCAAUGAACCCCCUCAACCCCCUCAACCCGCUGAGCCCCCUCAAUCCGCUCAACGCCCACCCCAGCCUCUACCGGAGACCCAGGCCCAUUGAAGGCCUGGGCCUGGGCCUGGAGAAGUGUGAGGAGGAGCGCGUCAGCCGCGGGGGGUCCCUCAAGGGGGACGGACGGGACCUGUCGAGUGCCUUGGACAACCAGAGGAGCCCCUUGUCCCUGGGCAAACGGGAGCCACCAUGGCUGGCCAGGCCCUGUCACGGGAACUGUGAUUCGACCCAGCAGGAGGCUGGGGGAGGGGAGACUGUGGUGACCUUCGAGGACCGGGCCAGGCACAGGCAGAGCCAGCGGCGCAGCCGGCACCGUCGUGUCAGGACCGAAGGCAAGGAGCCCUCCUCCACCUCCCGGAGCAGGUCUGCCAGCCAGGAGCGGAGUCUGGAUGAAGGGGGGCCCACCGAGGGGGAGAAGGAUCGUGAGCCCAGGGGCAGCCAUGGGGGCAAGGAACCCACGAUCCAGGAAGAAGAAAGAGGCCAAGACUUAAGGAGGACCAGUAGUCUGAUGGUGCCCAGAGGCUCCGGGCUGGCAGGAGCCCUCGACGAGGCCAACACACCCCUAGUGCAGCCGCAGCCAGAGCUGGAAAUGGGGAAGGACUCGGGUCUGAUGGAGCAGGAGCCAGAGGGCAGCAGUGAGCAAGCUCUGCUGGGCCACGUGCAGUUGGACAUGGGCCGGGCCCUCAGCCACAGUGAGCCCGACCUCUCCUGUGUCACAGCCAACACGGACAAGGCCACCACCGAGAGUACCAGCGUCACCGUCGCCAUCCCCGAUGUGGGCCCCUUGAUGGACUCAACUGUGGUUCACAUUAGCAACAAGACUGAUGGAGAAGCCAGUCCUUUGAAGGAGGCAGAGAUCAAAGAGGAGGAAGAAGAGCUGGAGAAGCAGCAGCAAAAGAAGGAGAAGCGUGAGACGGGCAAAGCCAUGGUUCCCCACAGCUCUAUGUUCAUCUUCAGCACCACCAACCCGAUUCGCAGGGCCUGCCACUACAUUGUGAACCUGCGCUACUUUGAGAUGUGCAUUCUCCUGGUGAUCGCAGCCAGCAGCAUUGCCCUGGCAGCUGAGGACCCCGUCCUGACCAACUCGGAGCGCAACAAAGUCCUGAGGUAUUUUGACUAUGUUUUCACUGGAGUGUUCACCUUUGAGAUGGUUAUAAAGAUGAUAGACCAGGGCUUGAUCCUGCAGGAUGGGUCCUACUUCCGAGACCUCUGGAACAUCCUGGACUUUGUGGUGGUGGUUGGCGCAUUGGUGGCCUUUGCUUUGGCGAACGCCUUGGGAACUAACAAGGGGCGGGACAUCAAGACCAUCAAAUCUCUGAGGGUGCUCCGAGUUCUGAGGCCACUGAAGACCAUCAAGCGCUUGCCCAAGCUCAAGGCUGUCUUUGACUGUGUGGUGACUUCCUUGAAGAAUGUAUUCAACAUCCUCAUUGUCUACAAGCUCUUCAUGUUCAUCUUUGCUGUCAUCGCGGUUCAGCUCUUCAAGGGAAAGUUCUUUUAUUGCACGGACAGUUCCAAGGACACAGAGAAGGAGUGCAUAGGCAACUAUGUAGAUCAUGAGAAAAACAAGAUGGAGGUGAAAGGCCGGGAAUGGAAGCGCCACGAAUUCCACUACGACAACAUUAUCUGGGCCCUGCUGACCCUCUUCACUGUCUCCACAGGGGAAGGAUGGCCUCAAGUCUUACAGCAUUCUGUCGAUGUGACAGAGGAAGACCGAGGACCAAGCCGCAGCAACCGCAUGGAGAUGUCCAUCUUUUACGUGGUCUACUUUGUGGUCUUCCCUUUCUUCUUUGUCAAUAUCUUUGUGGCUCUCAUCAUCAUCACCUUCCAGGAGCAAGGGGACAAGAUGAUGGAGGAGUGCAGCCUGGAGAAGAACGAGAGGGCGUGCAUCGACUUUGCCAUCAGCGCCAAACCUCUCACCCGCUACAUGCCGCAGAACAGGCACACCUUCCAGUACCGCGUCUGGCACUUCGUGGUGUCGCCAUCCUUUGAGUACACCAUUAUGGCCAUGAUCGCCUUGAACACCGUCGUGCUGAUGAUGAAGUACUACUCUGCUCCCUGUACCUAUGAGCUGGCCCUGAAGUACCUGAAUAUUGCCUUCACCAUGGUGUUUUCCCUGGAAUGUGUCCUCAAGAUCAUCGCUUUUGGCUUCCUGAACUAUUUUCGAGACACCUGGAAUAUCUUUGACUUUAUCACCGUGAUUGGCAGUAUCACAGAAAUCAUUCUGACAGACAGCAAGCUGGUGAACACCAGUGGCUUCAAUAUGAGCUUUCUGAAGCUGUUCCGAGCUGCCCGUCUCAUCAAGCUUCUACGUCAGGGCUAUACCAUCCGUAUUUUACUUUGGACCUUUGUACAGUCCUUUAAGGCCCUUCCCUAUGUCUGCCUUUUGAUUGCCAUGCUUUUCUUCAUCUAUGCCAUCAUUGGGAUGCAGGUAUUUGGAAACAUAAAAUUAGAUGAGGAGAGUCACAUCAACCGGCACAACAACUUCCGGAGUUUCUUUGGGUCCCUCAUGUUACUCUUCAGGAGUGCCACAGGUGAGGCCUGGCAGGAGAUAAUGCUGUCGUGCCUUGGGGAGAAAGGCUGUGAGCCCGACACCACCGCACCAUCAGGGCAGAACGAGAAUGAGCGCUGUGGCACUGACCUGGCCUAUGUUUACUUCGUCUCUUUCAUCUUCUUCUGCUCCUUCUUGAUGCUCAACCUGUUCGUGGCCGUCAUCAUGGACAACUUUGAGUACCUGACUCGGGACUCGUCCAUCCUAGGGCCUCACCACUUGGAUGAGUUUGUACGCGUCUGGGCAGAAUAUGACAGAGCCGCAUGUGGCCGCAUCCAUUACACUGAGAUGUAUGAAAUGCUGACUCUCAUGUCACCACCGCUAGGCCUCGGCAAGAGAUGUCCCUCCAAAGUGGCAUAUAAGAGGUUGGUCCUGAUGAAUAUGCCAGUUGCAGAGGACAUGACCGUCCACUUCACCUCCACACUCAUGGCUCUGAUAAGGACAGCCCUGGACAUUAAAAUCGCCAAAGGUGGUGCAGACAGGCAGCAGCUAGACUCAGAACUGCAAAAGGAGACCCUGGCCAUCUGGCCUCACCUCUCCCAGAAGAUGCUAGAUCUGCUUGUGCCCAUGCCCAAAGCCUCUGAACUGACUGUGGGCAAAAUCUAUGCAGCAAUGAUGAUCAUGGACUACUAUAAGCAGAGUAAGGUGAAGAAGCAGAGGCAGCAGCUGGAGGAACAGAAAAAUGCACCCAUGUUCCAGCGCAUGGAGCCCUCAUCUCUGCCUCAGGAGAUCAUUGCUAAUGCCAAAGCCCUGCCUUAUCUCCAGCAGGACCCUGUUUCAGGCCUGAGUGGCCGUAGUGGAUACCCUUCGAUGAGUCCACUCUCCCCCCAGGAAAUAUUCCAGUUGGCUUGUAUGGACCCAGCCGAUGAUGGACAGUUCCAGGAACAGCAGUCUCUGGAGCCAGAGGUUAGUGAAUUAAAAAGCGUGCAGUCCUCUAACCAUGGCAUCUACCUUCCUUCGGACACCCAGGAGCAUACGGGAUCUGGGAGGGCAUCCUCUAUGCCACGCCUGACUGUGGAUCCCCAGGUGGUGACAGACGCUAGCUCCAUGAGACGCUCGUUUUCCACCAUUCGGGAUAAGCGUUCAAAUUCCUCAUGGCUGGAGGAAUUCUCUAUGGAGAGAAGCAGUGAAAACACCUACAAGUCACGUCGCCGGAGUUACCACUCCUCCCUGAGACUGUCAGCUCAUCGCCUGAAUUCUGACUCAGGCCACAAGUCUGACACCCACCGCUCAGGGGGCAGAGAGCGGGGACGGUCAAAAGAGCGAAAGCAUCUUCUCUCUCCCGAUGUCUCCCGCUGCAACUCAGAGGAGCGAGGGACCCAGGCUGACUGGGAGUCCCCUGAGCGCCAUGAGUCCAGGUCUCCCAGCGAGGGCAGGUCACAGACCCCCAACAGACAGGGCACGGGUUCCCUGAGUGAAAGCUCCAUCCCCUCCGUCUCUGACACCAGCACCCCAAGACGAAGUCGCCGACAGCUGCCACCCGUGCCGCCAAAGCCUCGGCCUCUCCUUUCCUACAGCUCCCUGAUUCGACACGCCGGGAGCAUCUCUCCCCCGGCUGAUGGCAGCGAGGGCGGCUCUCCGCUGGCCUCCCAAGCCCUGGAGAGCACGGAGGCCAGCCUGGCAGAGUCUUCCAGCGCCCGGCACAUACAGCAGGGCCAGCACGCCUCCCCACAGCGCUACAUCUCCGAGCCCUACCUGGCCCUGCACGAAGACUCCCACGCCUCGGACUGUGGCGAGGAGGAGACGCUCACCUUCGAAGCAGCUGUGGCCACCAGCCUGGGCCGCUCCAACACCAUCGGCUCCGCCCCACCGCUGCGGCACAGCUGGCAGAUGCCCAAUGGGCACUAUCGGCGGCGAAGGCGCGGGGGGCCCGGGCCAGGCGUGAUGUGUGGGGCUGUCAGCGACCUCCUGAGUGACACGGAAGAGGACGACAAGUGCUAGAGGCUGCUCCCCCCUCCGAUGCAUGCUCUUCUCUCACCCGGAGAAAACCAGGACCCAAUUGGGAAGCCAGUGCUGCCCGGGGGGGGAGGAAGAGGGAGGAGGAAGACGGAAGGACACCCUGCGUUAUCCGACGGGAGGAAGGAAAGGACACCAGGAAAACCAGUUGAACCCGCCAGAUUGCUUUACUUCCCUUUGCAAGACGGGCACUGCCAUAGUUCUGCCCCUUUGCCGGGGAAAGGAAAUCUGAGAACGUGGAGGAGGGUUAUUCCCAUGGCAGAAGGGACGUGAGGAGGGCUUUGCUUCCCCUUGCCCCUUCCCACUUUUCUAUAAGCCGUGGGGGGACGGAGCUGGCCUGUGUCUACGCCCAUUGCCCUGAAAAGCCUGGAAGACUUUCUGGCUCUUAGCUGGGGAGUCAUGGAGACCACAGGACAGGAAUCUCCUCCCUCACCGGUUCUUGCUCCUCAGCCAGCACCAGUGCCAUCAGGCCGAUGGCAACAGCAUCUCACGUGUUACCCUAUGGCUUGCUUCCCCCAAAGAAGCACAGGCUAAGUUUAGGAGCCUUGGAUGCCAAGGAUAGGAGGCAAGGAGGGAGGGGAAAGCUGAAGUGGAAGACGGGAUCAGGGUGCUGUGGCGGUAGCAGCAAGGGCUGGUCUGGGUGAGCAAAGCCAUAGUCCAGCAGCCCCGACCACAGGGGAGAGGCUCAGAGCGAUGAAGAAUGGGCGGUAGUGAGGGCAACAGUCCUGUCUCUUUGAAGCCUGUCAUCCACGCGGCAGGUGCUGUAUUAGGAUAGGCCAGGGAGGCCCCUCAGGCUCCACAGAGGUGCCCGACGCUCCAGGAAGGGUGAGGUCUUAAAAGCAUUUAACAACCUCUGUGGCCAGAGCCCCAGCUGGCAGGAGCGGAUGUUCAGCUUCCUGCUGGAGCCCCGCACUCUGCCAGGCUGUAGCCCUGCAAACGCUGGUCACAAGGGGUCCCUAAGGGUGGUGGGGAGCACUUAGGGCAGAGUCUGUUUUCCAGCCAGUCUAGAAGGAUGUGGAACAGUCCUACAGUUGUAUCAGCACUUAUGGCUGAAUGUCAGCCUAGACUCUGGCCCAGGAGGCAGCGGGCCUCCCUGCCAAGCAGCAAGGCCAAGUGCCAGAGGCCCAGCCUUCCCUGCCACUCGCUGAGAAGGCAGCACACAUAUACCCAAGGUAGGCCCUCCAUCACUGAAUGGAGACUUCUAGAGAGAGAGAAAAGGCAGACAGAUUGAAAGGAGAAGCUUCCAUGAGAGUAUCAGUCUGAGUUUACUGAGGGGACCUCCUAGGAGGAGGGCCUUUGGUCUGGCAGCUUCCUCAGCUCAUUUGUGGUUGAUAGUCAGUUUGACAGGAUACUUUGAAGGUGAUCAGUAAAUAUACCUCAGCUUAGACCUGGGCUGCUCCUCCUAGCAAAGUAGGCUCUGGUGGGGCCUCAUCACACACGGUGAGGAGACUGGAGUCCUGGUGGCCUUGACUAUCUCCUGGGGCCAGGACUGGGCUUUACCCCUCCCCUGAGGAAGAGCUGGGCAGAAGGCAGCCUCAGGCCACUGUGUCAUUCUUAACGCCCCCACUCUCAGAAGCAUUACGGAAAAGAGGGCCUUUCUUGGCUAAUCAGUGCUCCUCUUGUUUAGAUGGUCCAUUCAGGGAAGCACAUCCCUCUCUUUAUCUGGUGGAAAUGUACCAUCCCCUCCACUUCCUCCCUGGUCUCAUCACUGUAGCUGGAAGGAGCCCCGGAGAGGGGUGCCAGGCGGGGCUGUCCCUUCUCCGCCAGGAGCAGGUGGAGCUUGGCCCACAGGACACCCCCACCCCAGCCUGACCUCACAGUGGAUAAACACUCUUUUUUUAUCUUCCUCCAGCCAAGACAGACUCCACCUCGUGGGUAGGAGAAGUUAGUGGCUGUUAUUUUUCUUAGAUGGAGCCUCUUUUUACUUACGAAGCUUUUUGUUUUGGUUGAAAUAGAACUAAGGCAUAGUUGCAUCAACCUUGAAAAGCCAAAUACAGUCACAUGGCUGCAGAAUCAUUUGUCAUGGCUCUGCCUUCUCGUCUAGAUAUUGAUGCAGCUUCAUGACCCAUGGUCUGCCCCUCCGAUCAAAGGACUCCCGGGGCAGGAGACCACGGAGGCAGAACACAAGCUGCCUCCCCUCAGACCUUCUGCUCACUUUCAUUUUCCUCUCCCGCUGAGCACUCGUGUGCUCGGGCGUAGCUGGCAAUGGGAAUGUGACUAUGGAACGCCCCGAUCCUAACAGGCGUGCACUUUACAUAAGACUCAGGCGCUGGGCCUCGUAUCGUUUAAAGGUUUCCUCCGCUCAGCAUCAUUUCGUGCCAAAGCGCUGCUGUGGGCUGCUUUCUGUGCACAAAAUUGCUUUCUUCCACCUCAGAAAUGCAGCUUUCCCUGGGGACAGGCCCACAACAGGACAGCCGUUCUGAGUCAGCAAGUCUAUUACAUUGUGUUUUGAGAAAAGGAAUUGAAGCGGAAUCUUAGGCCAUUUCAACAGUAGGAGAAAUUUGGGCUGCCAGAGCAAUUACCAGAAAUGGAAUUUGCCUGUAAACCACAUUACAAACACUAAAUUUACCGUGUCAGGAAACCUGCCUGGACACCUGAACUCCUUAAACUCAUAUACACACACGCAUUUGAGUCUUCAAUAAAGUGGUAUAAAGCACUGCAGACGCAGUCUCCCGACCAACCACUUGUGUUUUUCUAGAUCAAUUCCCCCUGACCAAGAAAUUGGGUUUCUUAUCCCUUAGCCUGCAUUUACCUUUCUAUUAAGACCAGAAAAUAAAAGACAGUGUUCUGUUAAGUCACAGACCUCAUUAUCAUCAUCAUCUUCUAACCAUUUCCUUUUGCCUCUUAAUAAACAUGAACUCUCGCCUUCCCUCUAAUAGCUGACCAGGACAUCCCUUCCUACUUACCAGAUUCUGCCUCUUAUCUUUCCCCUGAAGAGUGGCCCCUUGAGAUCUCGAAACGUGUGCUUCUCUUUGGAUUAAAAAAGUGUGGCAGCAUCUCAAGAAAUGCCAAGCAAACCGGGAACACUAUCAGUGUUUGAGAUACACAGUGUUAUCCGAGUUAGUACUGCAGGGCCCCUCAGAAGAAUCUUUAUAU